GAUUUUUUCUCACCUGCUUGUGUGUGACUUUGAGGCCACCUGCGACAGCGCGAGCGUGGCUUAUCCCCUUGAGAUUAUUGAGUUUCCGGUGGUUUGCGUGGACACGGCGGAGCUGCGUGUUGUGGCGGAAUUUCACUCAUACGUGCGGCCAACGAAAAACCCCCGCUUGACGUCAUUUUGCACCGCUCUGACAGGGAUUACGCAGGCCCAAGUGGAUGCAGCUCCACGACUGCCGGAAGUACUGCGGCAUUUUGACCUUUGGCUGCGGGAGGUGGUGUACCCGCUCUGCCGCCGCUGGAGGAAGGAGCAUCUAGAGGGGCUGAACAAAUGUCUGAAGGCGUCGCAGAAGAGGCGUUUUGUCUACGACGAGACCCAUAACCCGGGCUGGAUUGACUGCGAGAGGAUGAUAUGCAUGGUAACAGACGGCCCAUGGGAUAUGCGGAAAUUUAUGUACGAGUGCAGUGUGGUGCGGGAUGGACAUUUGUUCCCUCCCCUCUUCUACCGCUGGGUGAAUGUGCGUCACAGUUUUGCCGAGCACUUCCGAAUGCGCCCACGCAAGCUGAAUGAUAUGCUACGGAAGUUGGGGCUGUCCUUUCACGGCCAUCCACACAGCGGCAUCGAUGAUUCCCGCAAUAUCGCCCGUAUUGUCAUCGAGCUUCUGAAACGAGGCUAUCGGGUGCAUCAUGUUAGCACAAUCAAUUACGAAAACGCCGCUGCCGCAACGGCUAUGGCGCAGCUGCUGGGAGAAUCGGACGAGGACGGCACGAAGCCAACGCAUCAGAGGGCUGAAGGGAGGAAGAAGGGCCGAAAAAACCCAACCACCACCACUGCCGCUCGAAGGCGGGGUGAAAAAGGGCAUCAGGCACAAUGA